AAUUUCGUAGAAAGGCAAAAGCGUAGAUAAAAGUCAUACUAGUAUAAAAGAAAAUCUUUUAUAUAACAUUUUCCGACGCCGAAACACGGGUGAUCCCCAUUAAAAAUCGUAUUGUUUACGAUUACACGCUCGAUAAAAUUGGACGCGCUUUUGAUGACGUAUUGCACGCCACAAUGAACACGCUACUAUCAAAACAAGGUCGGUCUCGCUGUAGGAUUUACGCAGCCCUUCUUUCGCAGAAGGGUUAUAUAGGUUCAGGUAGUGACUGUAAAAGCUCCAUCAGACUGUAUUUGAUGAGAACAGUUGUCAGCAAUACUCGCAGGGUUUUGAUUUUUCGUCAGUCUAAACAAAACGUACUGCAGGAUCGAUGCUUAAGUACCACCGCAUUUUGGAGAGGCUUAGUAUGUAGAUUUGCAUUUCUUACUAAACUGAUUGCUGCAAAUAAAACGCUAUGUUGCUGAAAGAAUAUCGCAUCUGCAUGCCUUUGAGUGUAGAAGAGUACCAGCGUGGGCAACUAUAUAUGAUCAACAGACACAGUAACGAGCAAAGUGAAUCGGGCGAGGGGGUUGAAGUUAUAAAAAACGAACCAGUAUAUACCGAAGAAAACGGCGAUGGACAGUUUACUGAAAAGAGGAUCCACUUAAACAACCGACUUCCAAACUGGGCACGAUCUUUCGUUCCAAGCAUAUAUGUCACGGAAAAAGCUUGGAAUUAUUACCCUUACACAAUAACUGAAUACACGUGUCCUUGGCUCCCAAGGUUACAUAUUCAUAUAGAGACAAGAUAUGAAAACAACAAUGGUCAUAACAAUGAUUUUAGUUGCGCCAAGGUGAGCAAAGAAAUUGACCCUAAAGAAUUCACAAAAAGAGAAGUGAUACAUUUGGACUUGGCAUAUGAUAAAGUGCCCGAUAAACAUUACAAGGCUGAUGAGGACUGUACAAAGUUCAAAUCAAUAAAGACAGGCAGAGGUCCGCUAAAACCAAACUGGAGGGAGAGUCACUCUCCCAUAAUGUGCUCGUAUAAGCUCGUGCAGGUCAAGUUUGAAGUAUGGGGCAUGCAGACCAAAGUGGAGAGCUACAUUCAUAAAGUAGUUCGCGAUGUUUUGUUACUUGCACAUAGACAAGCGUUUGCCUGGAUCGACACCUGGUACGAUAUGACCUUCGAUAACAUUCGAAGAUAUGAAAGUGAGAUCCAAGAGAAAACAAAUGCGAAAGUUAAAAGCGAAACAAGCCAUUUUCCCUCCACUCCAACAAGUCCCACAAUUCCAAGUGUUCAACUGCCUGGUACAAGCAAGACAAAAGCCUGGGGUACGUAAGUUACGAACCACAGAUUCACAGAAAUAACCAAACUUUAGCUGAAUAUCACCAAAAAAAUGAAAGACUAUUUUUGUAUACGUUGCUGACUGCCGUACUUCAGCUACUAAUUUUUAAAAACACUGUGCAUCACUCUUGCCCAGAAAAAAAGGGUGGUGAAGUUUGUCACUCUUGCGGCAAUGUAUUAUGCAACCCAUGCAAUAAUAUAUUUUUGGAGUGAAUAAAUCGGCCUGCACUUACAACGCUUAUAUUCCUUUUGAGCCCUCAAAAGUGUAUCAUCCUAAAAAGGACGUUGCGUUAUAUUUUGUGCAAAUGCAAAUCGUAUGUCUGUUUAACUAGACAAAAUUAACUCACUUGAUUUUGCCAUCAGUUUAUGUUUUAAAUUUUGUUGUUGCUUAUUAUCCAUUCUGCGAAUUCUGCCGUUGUAUAAAUGAUUUGUUUUAAAAUUCACGGCUUCAGUAGAUAAGGGUUUGGUAAACUCUUUAGUUUUGGCAAUUUUAACAAAACUGUCAUCUUCCAUAUCUUGUGAUCUGAAAAGUUUUUUUCAUGUUGUAAUUUUUAAACAAUCCACUUAACUGUCAUUUAAAAUAAAAUUGCUACACCUACACGUACUUAAUCAAAGGGUAACAUCAGAAUUUUCCAAAAAUACUACUUUGUUGUUUGCUUUUCUUGCUUUAAACAUAUAAACCAUCAUUGUGUAAUAUAAUGCAAGAGCAUUUUUGGACCAAAUUGAAUUCCAAUGCUCAAAUUUUACUGUAAUUUUUAUUUUUGUAUUCUGUAUUCUAAUUAUUCAUAAUACUUACUGUUCAUUGUUAAUUUCGUGGGUGUCUGAAUUUUCUUGUAACUUCUUUUUUCUCGCUUCAUCUAGUUUAAUUGCUGCAUCAGCUUUCUUUAAUAGUUCAACUGAUAGCAGCUUUUUUUCCUGAAUAAUAAAUUAAAUUUACUUGAAAA